AGAACAUACAGAACAACAUUGUCAGAGGAAAAAUGAAACAUGGCAUCGGUGUAGAGGUACAUUCAAGUCAUUUUAUGAGGAAAUUAUCAUCCCUGGAAAAAACAUUUACAUAUGCUGUUUAGAUGCUCAAAAUGAGUUUUCAGUGAUAAAAUCAUCGACUGCAGUGGGACUUUAAAGCCUAGUUUCGUUUUCCAAUAAGCGGGCGUGACUGACAGCAGCUGAUCAUCUUUAGUCAUCUUUACACACACCAAAAAUAAAGAGCCUAGUGACAUUGUUCAGCCGAUCAUCUUUAGUCAUCUUCAGACACACCAAAAACAAACAGCCUAGUGACAUUGUUCAGGACAGGAUGGACAAAGCACUUAAGAAAGAAGAAGGAGCCUCAAGCGACCAGCAGCAGCCUGCAGAAAAUGAAGGAAAAGUUUUUCAGUUUUCAAUCAAAGAUAAAAAAGGCACAUAUAAAGUACAGUGUAAUACAUCCAUGACAGUAAUUGCUGCCCUUGAAGCAAGUGAUGCAUUUAAGCAUUUAAAAGUCAAGGACAAAGAAAUUAUAAUCCAGAGAGGCAAAGGAAAAGUUCCUGGAGCUGCUGUGAAAAAAUAUUUUCCCUGCUGUCUUCUUGUCGAUGAUGAGAUUUUGGAAAUAUCCUUCGUCAGCGAUGAAGAAGAUAUUUCUAAUGACCAAGAAUCUGCCCAGAAAUCUGACCAAAAAGCAGAGCCCACUUCCCCCAGUGAAUAUAAAGUAAUUUAUGUCAGAACGAGAGGGCAGGCCAAGAAAAUAAUAAUGAAGAAAACCCAACCGAAACUUGACUAUGUAUGUGUAUAUGCGCUCAAUCAAAAUACACUUAAAGAGGCUCUUGUCAAUGAUGGUCGGUUCAUGAAUGAAAUAUUAAAUUGUUUCUUUACACUUAAAACUCCUUCUGAAGAUCAAAGCUUCGACCCGUCCAUGCUUAUGCAUACUCUACCUGAAGAUCAGUUUGAGAUUUAUGUACAAGUCCCAAAAAAAUCAAGACCAAAAAAAUCUCAAAGUAGUGCUAACAAUGAAAGUAACAAAGCUCAAGCUGAUCCUUCCACAUCUGACCAAAUCAAAAUAGAAUUUACUUGGAAGUCUAACUUAUUCCAAGAAAAAAAUUCUCAUAUUCCUCCCUCCACUGAAAAAAUCCUCAGUGAUGAGUUGAAACAUUUACUUGAGAAGCUAAAAGAUUCUCAGGCCCAAAAGCUCUUUGAAGAGAAAUUUGAUAAAAGCAUUAAGAAUUUCGGUGAGGUGAGCAGGAUGAAGGAGCUCAUGAGGUUUUCUGACUCUGUGUGUGUGAUUGUAGCUGAAGGAUCUGGCCUUGGAACUGGAUUCUUACUGUUUGACAGAUUUAUUCUUACUAAUGCACAUGUUGUUAAGGACUUCCUCUCAGAUGAAAGAAAGCUUUCAGUCCCCUUUGGUGCUGCCUUCAAUUAUGAACAUCAAUUUUCAAAAGAGUUUGAAUUUCUACAAAUUAAGGAAGACCUUGCUCUAUACCUUCUAGAAACAGAUGACAAGAUGGUAGAUGGCAAACACCUUGACUAUGCUCUUCUUGAACUAAACAUUGAUCCUCCAAGCAAAUAUCCUCAAUUGCUUAGUUUUUACAAAGAUAAUCCUCCAAACAGUGACUUUAUCUACAUUGUGGGACAUCCAAACUGUGAGACCAAAAAAGUUGACGUCUGCUGCAUCAUUGACACUAAGAAUCAACUCCAGGCUAUAAACAAACACAAACAGGAGAAUCCUAUCUGUCCGUAUGUGUCAUGGCAAAUUUGGCCAUGUCUUCGUGAGAACCAGAUCACUUAUGACACUUGCUUCUUUCAUGGAGCUUCUGGUUCCCCGGUGUUUGAUAAAAACUGCUCUCUGAUCGGUGUCCACACUGGGGGCUUUGCUUACAAAGACAGUAAUAAUCAAACAAGGAGUGUUAUAGAAUAUUGCAUUUCCAUGAAGUCCAUCCGGGAAAGUAUCUUUGAAACGGGACCACCUGAUAUCACUGAAUUACUCCAUAAAUUUGAAGAAGCACAAAUUGAUAAAAAAAAACAGCGGGAACAGAAUGAGGAGCCUAUGCAAACAGAUAAUUAGAUGAAUCACUGUAAUCAGAUUCUUUCAGUAGGUACUUACACACAGACAAAAAUAAAAGUACCAAAUAAUCUUCCACACAUUGAUAACACUGGACCAUGAACUAAAACAAAACAGAACUAUAAAUACAAACAACCCAAACCCACUUAGAGUCCCAGAAGUCAUUGCGGCGCGUCCAUCCAAGUUGGUUCUUCCGAGGCAGCCUCACAAGACCGGUCUCCACCAGAACACAAGUCCGUUCUUUUUGUUCUUUGAAUUGAGAAAUGGCUAAAGUCCAUCAGUAAAUCUUGAUUAAAACAUUGAGUUUUGUCACUGUUAUUAUGAAUUUUUAUUUUCAGAUUUCAGUAGAUGUAUUAUGUUACACAGUUAUUGAAUUAAGUUUAUAUUAGGAUGCAAAUGUAUUUGUUAUGUUCAAAUUUACUCAAUAUUUACGCAAACAUUUUUUUAUAUCACCUUUUAUAUAUACUUUCAAUUUCUUCUAUAUCAACAUUGUAGACAGACUUAUAACUUUAUUUCGUUUUUUGUAAACCGUUUAAAUCAUUGUAUUUUGCACUAUAAAUUGCAUAUUUGCUUCUGAAACAUUGUGGAUUGUCUCUGACCUUACUUCAGAUUGCUGUUAGAUUUGUUUCCAGGGAUCUCUUACAAUAAACAAAGCUUUGCCUCAUUACAAUCUGUCUGAA